GGUGAUGAAGUAGGCGGGAAUAAGGAAGUGCAGAAAGUUUGUUAGCCCCUUGCUAACUUUAUCUGUUUGUGUAUUUGGCGUUGUUUUACUAAAAGCAGCGGAACAAAAAAUGCUCGAAAAGCUGGAUUGUCAAGGAGAGCAAGGAGACCUGUGCAAAUGGGCCAGUUCAGUAAGCACGGUGUUGAGUAGUAAAAAUAACCUCACACUAAGAGUGCAACAUUUUCUAGAAGAGCGGCUGCAGACUACCAUGCUGACUGGUGUACUGAUUGGUGCUGCAGUAGCCGUCUCACUGAUUGGCAUUGUGGUUCUUUUCCUUUACAGGAAAUUCAAGCUUUCUCGUGAACAACAGCCUGGUCCUCACUAUCGUUUCAGAAAAAGAGAUAAAGUGCUCUUCUAUGGAAGGAAGAUAAUGCGAAAGGUUCAAACUCUCUCCUCUACUUCUCCGUCCACUAACUCCUCAGUAUCCAAACAACAACAGCGCAUACGCAAAAGAGCCAAAGUCUUAAGUAUAGCUCGCAAAAUCCUCAGAAUCCGGAAAGACCCUCCCACCCUGCAGCCUAAGGAACCCCCUCCCUCACUGCUGGAAGCUGAUCUAACAGAAUUUGACGUUCAGAGCUCGAACCUGCCUUCUGAGGUCCUGUACAUGCUUAAAAAUGUCAGAGUCCUGGGUCAUUUUGAAAAGCCCCUGUUUCUAGAGUUGUGUCGUCAUAUGGUGUUUAUUGAGCUGCAGGAGGGAGAAUCUUUGUUUCGGCCUGGAGACGAUGAUGACAGUAUUUAUGUGGUCCAGGAUGGAAGACUAGAGCUGUUUAUCCAUGAGAAUGAUGGCACAGAACCAGUAGUAAAGGAUGUACUGCCAGGAGAUAGUGUACACAGUCUGCUCAGUAUUCUGGACAUCAUCACUGGUUAUCCAGCACCGUAUAAAACCGUAUCAGCACGCGCAGCAUCUCAUGCCACCAUCUUGCGUCUGCCAGCAUCAGCCUUUGAGUCUGUGUUUCAGAAAUACCCAGAAACGCUUGUGCGCGUCAUUCAGAUAAUCAUGGUACGCCUCCAGAGAGUCACCUUUUUGGCAUUGCACAAUUAUCUGGGCCUAACCACUGAGCUCUUCAAUCCGGAGAGUCAAGCGGUGCCCUUGACGUACACAAGCAGUGUGAUGGCAGAAACAAAUCCCUCAAAAACAAUUCGUCGACCACACUUCCCGGAUGAGGCACCUGCUGGGACUGCAGAGACUGCUGCAGAGACAGAUGGUUUAAAAGACAGCCCUUCAAGCAGCUACAGGAAGCCUCGCACCAUCUCCAUGCCUACUGACUGUGCAGGUAAUGACCUGAAUAUGGCUUGGGAACGAGCUCGAGUCACCAUCGAUGACACUCCACCCAGUCCUGUAACUCACAAAUCUAUUUUGAAGAAGAGUGUGACCAUGCAGCAAACACCCUCAGCAGUGGUUCAGUAUACAGACAGUGGGGGGCGGUCUGAUGCUGUUUUCCUGAGUAAGGGCAGCGCAAUCCUCCAGGCUGCUAAGAAAGACCUGCUGGGAAUCAUCCAGCUGCAGGAUCGCAGUCUGCUGGAUGGCAGAGUGACCCUUCACCAUGUCAAAGCUGGUUCUGUGGUGGCUCGUCAGGGAGACCAGGAGGUGAGCAUUCAGUUUGUGAUUUUUGGCCUCCUCCACGUUUACCAGAAGAUGAUUGACCGCGAGGAGGAGUCGUGUCUGUUUCUGACACACCCCGGGGAGCUUGUAGGCCAGCUCGCCGUCCUGACUGGAGAACCUCUCAUCUUCACUGUCAGAGCCCACAGAGACUGUAGCUUCCUCUCCAUUUCCAAGACCCACUUCUAUGAAAUAAUGCGUAAAGAGCCUAAAGUUGUAUUAAAUGUGGCUCACACGGUGGUGAGGAGGAUGUCAUCUUUUGUCCGUCAGAUAGACUUUGCUCUCGACUGGAUGGCUGUAGAAGCUGGCAGAGCUGUUUACAGGCAGGGGGAGAAGUCGGACAGCACCUUCAUAGUGCUAAGUGGUCGACUGCGCUCUGUAAUCAUGAAAGAGGACGGCAAGAAGGAGCUGACGGGAGAAUAUGGUCGCGGUGACCUUAUUGGUGUGGUGGAGGCUCUAACCCAUCAAAACAGGGCCACCACGGUGCAUGCAGUGCGAGACUCUGAACUGGCUAAGCUACCAGAAGGCGCUCUGAACUCCAUAAAGAGGAGGUUCCCUCAGGUUGUCACCAGGUUGAUUCACUUACUAGGGCAGAAAAUUCUCCAGCAAGUCAAUGGUCCUCUGACAGCUCGCAGUUUGGCCCUCCACACCCCUGGCAGUAAGUGGGAUGCGGGGAAUCAGGCCUCGAACCUCUCCACUGUGACUGUGCUGCCGGUGUCUGAGGAUGUGCCUCUGACUGCGUUCACCCUGGAGCUGCAGCACGCACUCAUUGCAAUUGGCCCCACUCUUCUGCUGACAAGUGACAUGAUCAAACAGCGCCUUGGAGCUGCUGCACUAGACAGUGUUCACGAGUACCGUCUGUCCAGCUGGCUGGGCCAACAGGAAGAUAUCCAUCGCAUUGUUCUCUAUCAGACAGACUACACAUUGACCCCGUGGACCCAGAGAUGCAUCCGUCAGGCCGACUGCAUCAUCAUCGUGGGGCUCGGGGAACAGGACCCGGCAGUUGGAGAGCUGGAGCGUAUGCUGGAGGGAAGUGCAGUGCGUGCCCAGAAGCAGCUGGUGCUGCUGCACAGAGAAGACGGUCCCUCACCCAAAGGAACCGUGGAGUGGCUCAACAUGCGCAGCUGGAUCUCCAGACACCUCCACCUCUCCUGUCCCCGAAGGGUCUUUUCUAAGAGGAGCUUGCCCAAACUGAGGGAGAUGUAUCAGCGUGUCUUCCAGAAGCCAGCAGACCGCCACUCUGACUUCUCUCGCCUGGCUCGAGUUCUCACAGGAAAUGCCAUCGCCCUUAUCCUGGGCGGCGGUGGGUCCAGGGGUUGCUCCCAGGUGGGGAUAAUGCGUGCACUUUGUGAGGCUGGGAUCCCAGUGGACCUUGUUGGUGGCACUUCUAUUGGCUCCCUAAUGGGGGCACUAUAUGCUGAAGAUCGUAGUCACAGCCGCAUGAGGAUGAGAGCUCGUGAAUGGGCAAUGGAAAUGACAUCGGUGUUUAAGAAGGUCCUUGAUUUGACAUACCCGGUUACCUCCAUGUUCUCCGGCGCAGCCUUCAACUCCAGCAUCAGUAAUGUCUUCAGGGGUAAACAGAUUGAAGACCUUUGGAUCCCAUACUUCAAUAUUACAACUGACAUCACCUCCUCCACUAUGAGGGUUCACACAGAUGGUUCUCUGUGGCGGUACGUGCGUGCCAGCAUGUCUCUGUCUGGCUAUCUGCCUCCACUAUGUGACCCUAAAGAUGGACAUCUGCUAAUGGAUGGAGGCUACAUCAACAACCUGCCAGCUGAUGUGGCGCGCUCCAUGGGGGCCAAAGUGGUUAUAGCUAUUGAUGUCGGCAGUCGGGAUGAAACUAACCUCACUAAUUACGGUGACUCGCUAUCAGGCUGGUGGCUGCUAUGGAAACGCCUCAACCCCCUAGCUGAGAAAGUAAAGGUGUUGAACAUGGCAGAGAUUCAGACUCGGCUGGCCUACGUGUGUUGUGUUAGACAGUUGGAGUCUGUGAAGAACAGUGAUUACUGCGAGUAUAUCAGACCACCGAUUGACAGAUACCGUACACUAGAGUUUGGAAAGUUUGAUGAGAUUGCUGAAGUGGGGUACCAGCAUGGGAAAACAGUGUUUGACGUGUGGACACGCAGUGGCGUGGUGGAGAAAAUGUUAAAAGACAGACACCAGGAGGAGUUCCACUACACCCAGUGCAAGAACAAUGUAAUGACAUGUCCCAAUGCGUCCUUCACUGACCUGGCAGAAAUUGUGUCCCGCAUCGAGCCUGUCAAACCUGCCCUGGUGGAAGAAGAGUCGGACUAUAACACAGACUAUGAUGAGGAGGCGGUGGAGAGCGCGCUGUCUGACCUGGAGCUACACAAUCGUGGGGAGCACACUGAAGGGGAGGAGACUGCUGACACGGAUGAGGAGCUGGAAGGGAGAGAUGGGCGCCAUUUUCCUCCCCUCACAAGCAGUUAUCCUCAGUCCCAGGACAUCCCCGACAGCCUGCCGGACUCUACGUCUCCUUCAAGUCGGAAGCAGGAAGUCCUUUGAAACACAGUGCACUAAGUGACAUCCAGCCUCGUGAACUAGGAACAAGUCAUAAAAAAUUUAACCUGCCCCGUCUUUGUCAAAGUUCACCUUCCAGAAUGUUUCUCUAGUCUCAGCUAGUGUACCUGUACUCUAUUUUACUGUUAUCUAAUCCUGAUUGGUCCCUUUGAGCUGGCAUCAUUAGUUGUGUGGAUGACAUCAGUAGUCCCUCAAACAACUGACUACUAUAAAAAGAGUCAUCAGGAGAUGACAUGUCCCCACAAAUCUCUAAUUGACUGGUAUCAUAGGAUCGCCCAAGUACAGCCUUAUGCUAAAUAUGAAUGCAACUGGUCAACUGGUUAUUGAGAUAUCAUGCUAACAAACGCACAGACAGACAUGCAGAUUGCUAUCAGCCCCCAUAUUUCAUACCGGGAGAUAAAAACUUUUUAAAAAGCAGUGACACUUCUGAUAAUUUUCUCAUAUUGAGAGUAAAAACUUUCUGUUUACACUUUUGGUAAUCCUGGUUCUUUGGACUCGUGCUGCAUGCUGUGGCUCCUCCAGUGACAUCUAAUAAACUGGACAACUUCAGCUGCAUUUAAGGUACAAUAAAUGGUAUUUUAUACAUUAAUACAGCAGCCAACAAGUAUUUUCUAUAUCAACAUUUAGUGGAGUUAAGUCGUCCUGCUCAGAAAACGAAUCAACACUCCCUCUGUGUGUGUUGUAAGCUGAGCUUUUCUGUUCCUCGUUUUCAGUGUGGCACCAGCACGCGAGUUCCCACCCUGUAACACUGUUGCCCCUCUCUGUUUAUUUUAAAUAAUUAAUUAAAUAACAGUUCUGACUGCCCAUAUAGCACUGUGGUCAGACUAGAAACAAUGAAGGUCUGGCCUGUUCCCGAGGUGCUAAAGGACUCGGGAACAGGCCUCCCUGCAUCAUUGUUCUCGAUGCGGGGAGGAGUGGCUCAACGCAAAGCUGGUGUUUUCCUCUGACAUGCUGGCGCUAGUGCGAUAUCUCACGGCACCAAAUUGUUUAUAGUAUGUUUAUGUAAAACAUUGUUAGCGUUGCCAUCCGCUGUACUCUGAACUCCAGGUGUGUGACGUGCAAACAUCAGUAAUUCAAACUUGAAUUCCAAAAACGUACCUGGCAAAAGCUGCAGGAAUCACACACAGUGAAUAGUAAUGGACUGACUUAACAUUUUCUCAAUAAAUCCUUGCUUUAAUCAAUUUGCAGCUUUUGUGUUGACAGGUUUUCAGUUUACACUUUAAAUACGAUUUGUUGUAACAGACAUGCACAUGAUGGCAAAUCAGAGAGAACGUAGUAAUUUACUUCGCUGUGUGGCUGAAGAAGUGUAGAUCUGUUAUUUUUAAUAAUUAUCUACUCUGAAGAUUUUUAGAAUUGGAGUUUGUACGAGGUUCUCCUCUGCCAGCACCUUCAGCAAUAGUGAAUGUCAUACGUGCACAGCUUUACUGUGUGAUAAAGGUCCAUCUACUCAACAAAUCUGCAUAGCAGAAAAAAAAGUUUAUUCAAGUUAAUUCAAAAAAUGUUUUGAAGUAUGAAGUUGAUAUCUUGCAGUGGGCGUCUGUCUCAGCAGAGACACAGAGACCAAUUUUAGAAAACUCAGUGGGGUGGGGGACUUCCUGAGCUCAGAGUACAGAGGAUCUCAGAAUAAGAACCAUGGAUUUACAGAAACCAGUGAAAUAUGGUAUCUUCUAUUUCCAUUAAAUAAUGAAUACAUGAAUCAGUGAUAAUGAUGCAAUCACUGCACAUCACUGAUUGAGGUCAUUUUGGGUUCGGGGUUGCUGUGUGCCAGAGGACAUUUCUAAACUCCUGAAAUGAGAUGAGCCUGAAUGUAAGACGUAAUGUUUAAAAAAAAAAAAAGAGAUACUGAUGGAGAACUCUAAACAUUUUUGUUGCCACUGUUGUCGCACCCAGGGUGCCUCUUCAUGGGACCAUUUUGGAAGAUGUAGUAUUCGCUGUGUCAAUCAAAAGAACCUGUACUCACUUCUCUCCUUAACUCUUGUUUGUAAUUCCUUUCUAACAGCAAACUGACAUUUACUGUUUAUUUUGUAACUGUGUCCUGCCAAUAACGGAAAUGGUGUUCUAAUAUACUGCACUCAUCUUAAUAUUUAAUAUUUUUGUGAUGAUUGUAGCCAAAGCUCUAGAUUUCACCAUAAUCCCUCAACAGAUGCACAAUAAUUCCACAAAUACACUGAUAAUACACAGUUAAAUGGAAUCCACAGCUGUGAUUAACAAUCCUCCGUCUGACACUGUUCUUCUAUACAGUUACAUCCUGCAUAUAUCAAUGCAAUUAUUUACUUGUUUUCGCCGCACUUUAUAUGCACCCAGUGAGCCUCAGCGUGUGAAGCUGUGAUUGUGCUUAAACGAUGCUUGCAGCCUCACAUGUGCAGACGGUGCCAUGACAAAUCACGGUGAUGUUAGCAUUUGCACCGUUAGCAUUGUAUUUUAUUUUUGAAUGUUAUUUGAAUCAUUGGAUUGAGCCCAAUGAGGUGAAUGUCAGGCUGCUUUAUUUUAGGGGAUGUGGUAGUUUGGAUUUUCCAUCUUUUUUGGGGGGCGGGGAUGGAUAGAUGGUGACAUUAACUUAUUGUAACGAUGCCUUAGUUGUGCCCUCAUUUGUGUGCAUUUUGAUGAUUAGGCCAGUGUAACACCUGUAUUUGUUAUUUGAUGAAUAAUGUUUUUGAUAAAUCAAUCGUUACUAAUAAAUCA